GUAUGCGGUGGUCCAAAUCCUUGUUUACCACCGCCAUCACUACCACCAGCGCAGUGUCAGCCCUCUUGUGGUCCUGGCUAUCACUGUGGUCAAUAUGGAUGCGCUAGACGAGCUAGAGCUCGGGCUUCUAAUACACUUCGAGUAAAAACACCGUCUGAGUUCCGAAGUCCUAAUCAGUUAUUCAUGGAUUGUUGUGAAACUCGUGGAUUGCCUGACGCAUGUCUACAAAAAUGCACCUUUAAUACUUUUACGAAAGAGGAGUUGCUAAAAAUGUAUUUCAAACAAGAUCCAUGUCCAAUUGAAGCAUCUGCUGAGAUUCAAUUCUGUGCUGCUCAAGGUCGCGAUCAUCGCCAUUGUUGUGGAAGAAACGGAGUUGGAACCACACUAGCUGGCGAAAAAUGUCUAACCUUCUGCGACCAACGACCUGGAAACAUUACUCAACUGGAUUUCUCUUACGCAAGCUGCUAUGAGCGAUUCGACAAUAUGCGAAACUGCUUUUUACAUGACAUUAUAGCACGAAGCGAAACAAGAUUUAUCUAA